AUGGCUGACCAAAGCGUAACGCGGUGUUAUGGAACCGUGGAGUUUAAUGUCCGUUUUGAUGAAGUAGAGGUAGAAUUGAAAACCGUGUAUGUCCUCCGGGACUCCGUGAGUCCGUUAAUCCUGGGAGCGGACUGGCUCAUCGAGUCAGGAGUGUCUGUUCAGGCAGAAAACGGUCAUUUGACAGCGCGUCCACCAUCAAGAAACGAUUUAAAACCAGCAGAAGUGAAUACUACCGUCCAAAUCGGGCAGCAGGAUCUUGAAGGAUCAAUCGAAGAGUUGAGACGUGAAAUGAGGACUGAACUAAAACGUUUAAGAGAGGAAAUUAAUAAGGAUAACGUUCCGAAGCCCUCAGAGGUAGAGUCCGAGCGGACCGAAUUUGAAACGGAAGAAGAGCGGUUCCUAGAAAAAACAUCAGUUGUCCGGAAAAGACGAAGGAACACAAAGAGAAAACCGAGUCGAGUAUUGACAAGUUCAAGCGACAUUGCCAGUUCUGAGUGUGGGGAAACCCCAGAUGAAUCAGACGACAAGCCUACGCUGUUCAAUGCGUGGCCACAGAUUGAUUCAAUAUCUUCUCGUGAAGUCGGACCUUUGUUGGUCUCAGAUGACCGGGAUAUUCCAGCUGGGACGAUGGCCUAUGUAAGUGUGGUAACAUUAACAGAAGAAAAUGGCUUGAUCUCAACCAACUCUGCAUUCAGUGCUGAACCAGGGCAAGAAUGGGUCGUACCUUCAUGUAUAACCGAAGUCACGAAUGGAGCGUUUCAAUUGCCAAUUGUAAACGUUGGUCAAAGGACUCUGAAGUUGCGAACAAGCCGCAAGAUUGCGUGCGGGAAUUCUCUCGUAACCGAGAAAGAAUUGGGACCAAAAGUAGACGACGACUUUCCUUAUGUCGGUUCGGUGAUGGAGGAAUCACUGCCUCUACCCGACUGGAGUAUUAAUGGUGACCUGGAUGAAGAAAAGAAGAAGCAGGUGAAAAAUUUACUACUGGAAUUCCGAGAGUGUUUCCAUCCUAUGGGAAACGAACUCGGGAGUACCAAUGUAGUCCAACAUACCAUCGAUGUUGGUGAAGCCCUUCCCAUACAUCUUCCACCUCAUCGCAUGUCUGUCCGUGAGCGGGUUGUCGUUUGGGAGUUAGUCGGUGAAAUGCUGGAAAAAGGCAUUAUUGAGCCGUCGAUUUCUCCGUGGUCGUCUCCAGUAGUGUUAGUCCGGAAGAACACGGGAGAAGUUCGGUUUUGUGUCGACUACCGUAGGCUAAAUGAAGUGACCAAAAAGGAUGUAUAUCCGCUUCCACGCAUUGAUGACAUUCUGGAUAGACUAGGAGGAUCGAAAUACUUCUCACAACUCGACUUGGCCAGUGGGUAUUGGCAAGUAAGGAUGGAACCAGCUCACAAGGAAAAGACGGCGUUCGUUACCGCCGAUGGCCUUUACGAGUUUAAUCGAAUGCCGUUCGGACUUUGCAACGCGCCGGCAACUUUUCAGAGGCUAAUGGAUCGAGUCCUCGCAAAAUUAAAAUGGGAUCAGUGCCUAGUCUACUUAGAUGAUGUCGUGGUGUUUGGAAGUAAUUUCCAAGAGCACCAAGAGCGCUUACGCUCCGUAUUGCAGGCAAUUCGGGGAUCCAAUUUAUCCUUAAAAACCACCAAAUGCAGAUUUGCAGUGGAGGAGAUGGUGAUUUUGGGUCAUGUUGUCAAUCAGGCAGGGCUCCAUCCCGAUCCGGAGAAGCAACGAGCCAUAAAGGAGUUUCCGCGUCCGCUGAAAAUCAGCCAACUGCGCGGUUUGUUUGGCGAGUUAUUAUCGUCGCUUCAUUAA